GGCCCUCAGGUGUCGCCACGUCAUCAUCGUGCGACUGCAGUUGUUUUUGAGAUGGGGUCUGAGAGGGGGGAGGUCUGACUCGAUAAAUAUUGUUGGGAGUUAACGGUACUGUGUUUUUUUUGUUGUUGUUUUUUUUUAACCGGGGGCACUUUUCCCGGUUUUAACCGCUGCGUGUGAAGUCGCCCUCCCCGUAGCCGGUUGUAGAAAGAAGGAGCCGUUAGCAGGCUAGCUGUGUCUGUGGUCGCACGUGGUGAACGUUCGGGCGUUUACGUUUUUCCGGUAUUUUGUUUAAGACGGACGGAGGCAAACUGGCUCCGGUACACAAACACUUUGAAAAUGUCCCGACACAGUAAGAAAACCGGCAUACCGGACAGUUCUUGAACAACUGUGGAGCCCUGAGACUCAGAGGAAUCAGAUACAUCAGAGGCUCAAUGUUGGUUUAACUCUGCACAUGAAGAAAAAUAUCGAAAUAUCACCAGAUUUAUCCUUCAGAUGGUUGGAUUAUGAAGCUGUUGGGAAAAGACUUCACGGGACACGUUUCAUUGCCUUCAAAGUUCCCCUCAAACAGUCUUUGAACCGUCAGCUUCCAUGCGCCGAGGUCUUCGGCCACUGGGAGCUGCUGGACACUCUGAGCAAAGAAAAUCAAGAACUUGGUUUGAUCAUUGACCUGACCUUCACCACACGCUACUACAAACUCCAGGACGUACCGGAAUCACUGCUGUUUGUGAAGAUCUUCACAGCCGGUCACGAGGUUCCCAGUGACAAUAAGAUCCUGAGCUUCAAACGUGCUGUACGCGGGUUUCUACGGGAGAACGCAGACAAUGACAAGCUGAUCGGAGUCCACUGCACCCACGGCCUGAAUCGCACCGGUUAUCUGAUCUGCAGGUAUCUGAUAGAUGUUGAUGGGAUGGAUCCUAAGGAGGCUGUAGAGCUGUUCAACUCGUCGCGGGGCCACGCUAUAGAGAGACAGAACUAUCUUGAAGAUCUACAGUGUGGACCAAAGAGGAGUAACGAGGGGAUAGAGGAGUCUGAGCAGGAGCCAAAGAGAGGCUGCGCUGCGCAUCGGCCAUGUUCCACUUCACCGUACUCUGACAGCAGAGAGGAGAGACGACCGCACCUCAGUGACUCCUGGUACCACAGAUCUUUGCCUUCACAAGGGUUAAACCCCCGCUAUCAUCAUCACCAGCCCCACGACCACCUUCUCCCCGAUCCCCCGUUACUCCCUCCGCCUCCUUUUCGUCCACUAACGGGGGCCCCUCUCCACCCCCAUCGAUGGACACCCCCUCACCCUGACGGUCGGUGGAGGAGACCCCCCCGCUCAGAGGAGAGCAGGUCCAGAUACCCGCCACCUGAGCCGGAGUGGAGUCCAGCCCCCUGCCUGCAGGAGGACAGAAGAAGAGGACCUCUACCUCCUCCCCUCCCCCGCUACUCGCCACACUGGACCAGCGAGUCCAACGGCUAUGAUGGAUCUGGGGGGGAGUGGGCCGGUCCCAAAAUGACACAUGGCUACAGACACCGAGUGGACGGAUACGACCCCUACUAGGGGGGUCUACGUUUGACAGAAGCCAGGACACUGACAUAAGCACCGCGGGGUUCAACAGCUGCCGCGUGAUGUGGGACACAACUCCGGCCACGAUCACGGCACAGAACAGACUCUUUUAUGGGCUGAGUUGGAUUUGGUUUUACGCCGCAUUUCUACUGUUCUGCUGAAUCUGUAUGUCUAAACGUUCAGUUCGCUGACGGUACCAAACGUCUACCCACCGAAAGGACCCACUGUUACAUCCGCCGAGGAGGUUCUGUUCUCACCCGUGUCCGUCGGUCAGCAGGAUUACGCAAAAGCUACUGAACCAAUGUGCGUCAAAAUUUCCAGGAGUUUUUCAAUCACGUUCCUUAGAUAGGGCGAGAUAGGGCAUUUCCCCGCCUUAGCUGAGGUACGAGCUCUACUGAGGGCCAGUCCAGUUCCUCCUGCGAAGAGAUUCCUUCUUAAAGUAAUGGGGGACAAAAUCCACAGCCCAUUUCUAGUCUAGGGGGGAUUUGAGCAAACAACCGGCUCCAGCAGCGCCCCGACCGCUUGGUAUUUCCCUGACCUUGAUAUUCCCUCUGCCCGGCCGCGUGGUAUUUUUGUGCCCAGUGUGGAGCGCGCAGGCGGGAGGAGAGGCACAAACGGGCGGGAGGUUCCCUCAGGUGAGGCCGUGCAGAGUGAGAUGCUGGAAUUUUGACGGAAAAUGUGUCUCAGACUUUGUACUGAGACUUUGUCUGUUGUCAUAUCUAUUCACGGCCGGUCCGGUGAUUUUAUCGACGAGAACAGACUAAAUACUCGGAACAGAUGCGCAAUAAUGACUCCAUAAUGGUGAAUAAGCUAUUUUCGUUAAGUACUCUCCAACCAGUAGAUGUUUUUGAAUCGGCAUCAGAAAUUAAUGUUUAAUGCAGAACUGAGGCAGAAGCUUUUCAUACGAUAUAAGGCAUCCGUGCACAACAGAUGCUUCAGGAAUCAGUCACAUUCAUUUGUAGAUCACUGCAGACUGAUUUACCGACAUCUCUGCUUUGAAUCCCGGCAGCAUCUGAAGGCAGCAGGACGCACACGCUGAGGUUUUUGUGGUGCGACGGGUUCACAUCGAGCCGCUCCGCGCCCUCCAGAAAACAAUACGGUGCCCGUUUGCUGAGCUGCCGUCGUCAGGCCCUCAGUCCGAUCGGCCCGGCCGUUUCCGAGCGAUGACACCGGUGGAGUGAUUGAAUGAGGGUGGAUUUAUUAAUCCCCACAGCCACCAGUCGGUUUUCCCCUGCAGCUUGUGGACGGAGUAACGAGAAGAGGAGAUUUAUUUGGUACAAAGGAAAAAAGACGUGAAACCAGAAGUUUGUCAGUCAGUUCCGCUGUGCCUCCUUCAUAUGUUCAUGUUUGUCUAAAAAUAGACUUAAACCAUGAAUCGAUUUAAUAAUGGAUCAUUUAUUCUCUGCCAUCCAUUAGUCGACUACUUGUUUCAGCUCUACGGGCAAACCGACUGGGGCUGAAACGGUUAGUCGAUCAAUCUAUUAGUCGAUUGACAGAAAACUUAGCUGAGUGGAUGGAUGAUCGGCUCUCGUCGCGCUGAAGGGCGAGAGGCCGGCGACACCACCGUCAUGAAAAGAGACAUCAUGAAAUAAAAGUUGUCUUUGUUUUUAAAAAAAAAAAAAAAAAAGUCAGUGUGAAAUAAAACUUUUGAAAGACUUUUGAAAAGGGACAUUUUGAAAUAAAAAUUCUAUCCAGAGAAACCCUGGUAUGUAAAUGAAUGAUGGAUAACGUUUUAUAGUAAUGAGCUGAGUUUUUAUAAUUUCCUCAAUUAUUUUAAAAUUGAUUAUUUAUCUUUAUUUAUUUACUACGUAACCUACCAUAACUUUUUCUAUAGACAUCCAUUCUAUGAUUUUGUAACAGUAAAGUACAUGGGGGGAACAAAAAGAUCAAAAUAUACAAAUUCAUACAUAAAGAUAUAUGAAGACAGAAUGUGUAGUAAAGUAUAGAGAAGGGCUGAAGAAAAUAAACAUGAUAAAGAAAAACGAAGGCAUUUUACAUGAAAUCUCAUUAACUCCUGAAGUACGUUUAUUAUUUACACCAUUAUUCAUUUGUGCACGCACAGUUCCACAGACUCUGUCAUUUCUAAGUUCAGGGAUGAAGAGUCGAACAGAGGAGUGAGCUUCAGAAAACCCGAACCAGCAAAGCGAUGGAUCCCU